CUUAAUCCGAUAUCAUGUCUCGAAUUUCUUCGUUGAUGUUCAAUCCAAUCUGUGUAACUGUCUGCCAAAAAGGAUCAGUCCCGUCUUCAAUCCGCAACUGAAUCCUUGCCCCGAGUCUCGAUAGAUAAAUCCAACACUCCUCCAUCAUGUCCAAUCUCUCGUUCUUCGGAGUCCCCAUGUACUGGACUUUAUGCAUGAUCCCGCAUGGCUACGCAAUAAACAUCAUGAAAAAAGCCAACAACGGUCGAUGGAACAACACCAGCCCACGUUCUUCCAACUGGGACGCCUCAUUACGCAAAUCAACACCGGCUGACAUCUACAGUCGCUACGAACGAGCCGAGGCCGCUCACAAAAACGGCUUUGAGAAUCUCCCACUGUUCGUUGGUGCCGUAUUGGCAGGAAAUAUUGCCAAACUCGACACGAAAACUCUCAACACCUUCGUGGCCUCUUAUCUGGCAUCGCGAGUUCUCUAUACGCUCAUUUACAUCAACGUUUCCAAGAACAGCCUCAGUUAUUUUCGGACUGUGGUGUGGCUGACAGGUGCUGUGAUGUGUUUGGGGAUCUUUGUAAAAAGUGGCAUGGCCAUGGCCUAGAUGAAUGAGAGGCGGCGCCAUUCACAUGCUGAUUCUAAUGAGUGUUGUCGUGUUCAUAAGGCUGAAGAAUGUCGCGAAGAUUGGGUUACUGCCGAUGUCUCAGCCCAAGAAGAAUUAUCAUGGUGGGAGCCACCCUGGACAAAGCAUUGAUCCGAAGGCUUGCAUGUUUCUCUCUAGCGAAUCUGAUUCUACGUUUCAUCUCAGUGCAUGUACCUUUCUCAUUUAAUCAAUCAAUCAAUUGACAAG